CUCGCAGGGCGAGGGGCGGGGUGAGGGACCCGCAAGCUUCCGGGAUCUGCGGGGAGCAAGUGUCUCAGUGAUAACUAUUCUCUGGACUGAAUCCUGAAUUUGUCUUGUUGGUCAAAUGAUUAAGUUUUUCAGAAACCAUGAGUGGAGGAUCUCAAGUCCACAUUUUUUGGGGUGCUCCAAUCAGUCCACUGGAAAUGACAGUAUCACAGGAACCAGCUUCUUUAGUGUCCACUGCGGACCCCUGGAAAGAAAUUCAGCUUUUGUACAAUCACCAUUCCUUACAUCUGAAGGAUGAAAAAUGCAGGCAGAAAAGUCUUGAGGAUUAUCAGGCCCUGGAACCUCUGGACCCUCCAGAUCUUCCUCGUGGUCAUUUUCCAGCAAACUCUGUGAACAGAUCUGUUCAUGUGAAAGAUGAUGACUUCACACAUUGCAUUUCUGAAACCCAAACUAUAAAAUCCCAGAAGAGUCACCCCUUGGGGUUGAGUGAUAGAACCAACUCCAGUGAUCAAAUAUGUGGAUUUAAGGCUGGAUUUCAACAUUUAACUGAAGAAGAAAAGUAUCAAAAGCUUUUCAGUGAACAUAAGAAAAUCACAGAUGAACAGCAUAAAGAUCAAUCAAAUGUACAUGGUCAGAAUGUUCCAAAAAAUUCCUUUCAGUUAGAUCAUAAGUGUGCAGCUAUAUUGGAUAUGGUCUGUGGUGCUGAACAGACUAAUACGGGGCCAGGAGCUGUGGAAACAAACUGUGCACCAACAGAGCAUCAUGAAAUACAAAACCAGUGUCUGGAAUUCUUUUCCUCUAGCACAGUAGACAAACCAAGGCCUGAAGGAACAGUUAGGAAGGUCUCAGGCCUUAAAAUAUCCACUGAUACUGAAUUCCUCAGUGUAAUGACCUCCAGCCAGGUUGCUUUUUUAGCUCAAAGGGAGUAUAAAGGGCAGAAUUCUAUAAAUAAAGGAACCAUUAAAAUGGAGAUUGAACCAGAGGCAAGUCAUGGGGAAAUAAGAAUAACUGAAGAUAAUUUGAUUCAGCCCAAUGGUGAUUCUACAGAAGGAUAUGAAGGUGGACAGAACCAAGCCUGUUCCCUUGAACUUUUUAGUCCUGAAACAAAAAAUAGCCACAUUCUCUUGAACACCGAUAAAGGUCUUGAAGAAAAUAUAGGAUCUCAAGAACUUUUCAGUUUUGAUGAUAAAUUGCCACCAAAUGAGAUACGCAUUGAGUCAUGUAGCUCAGGAAUACUGUGUUCCCAACUAAAUACCUUCCACAAAAGUUCUAUUAAAAAAAGUUGGACCUCUGAAGAUAAAUCAGGCCAUCCUCGAGCUCUAUCUGAAGUCCCCCACAUCGCUAAGAAAAUCAAGUUGAUUUCUAAUGAGAGAGAUCAUACUGUAACAGUGCACCAGAGGAAUGUCUCUGGAUUUAAGGGCAUUAAAAAAACAUCAUUAAUAAAAAACUGUGAUUCUGAAAGUCAGAAGUAUAAUUGUUUAGUCAUGGUGUUAUCUCCAUGUCACGUGAAAGAAAUAAACAUAAAAUCUGGACCAAAUUCUGGCUCUAAAGUGCCUUUAGCAACAAUUGUGGUAAUUGACCAAUCAGAAAUUAAGAAGAAGGUUUUUCUGUGGAGGACUGCAGCAUUUUGGGCACUUACAGUGUUUCUUGGAGAUAUAAUUUUACUCACAGAUGUUACUAUUCAUGAGGAUCAUUGGGUUGGUGAGACAGUACUGCAAUCAACAUUUACCAGUCACUUAUUAAAUCUUGGGAGUUAUUCAUCUGUCCAUCCUGAAGAAUAUUCCAGUAUGGUUAGUGAUAUUGUACUUCAAGACUUACUGGCAUAUGUGUCUUCAAAACAUUCCUAUCUCAGAGAUCUUCCUCGGAGGCAGCUUCAGAAAAUGAGCAGUAUAGAAUUUGUAGAAUUGGAGCAGCUUCAGCCAGACGUAUUAGUCCAUGCAGUUCUAAGAGUUGUUGAUAUCACUAUACUGACAGAGGCAUUAUACAGUUAUAGAGGACAGAAGCAAAGGAAAGUUAUGUUAACAGUGGAACAGGCCCAAGGUCAACAUUAUGUGCUUGUAUUAUGGGGUCCUGGAGCAGCCUGGUACCCUCAACUUCAAAGGAAAAAAGAUUAUAUUUGGGAAUUUAAAUACCUUUUUGUUCAGCGCAAUUGCAUCCUAGAGAACCUAGAAUUGCAUACAACACCAUGGUCAUCCUGUGAGUGCCUGUUUGAUGAUGAUAUAAGGGCAAUUACAUUUAAAGCAAAAUUUCAAAAAAACACACCCUCCUUUGUGAAGAUGUCAGAUUUAGCGACACACCUAGAGGAUAAACGUUCAGGAGUGAUUCUAAUCAAAGCCCAGAUUUUAGAGCUAGUGUUUCCCAUUACAGCAUCUCUGAAGAUAGCUCUAAAUGCUCACAGUUCUCUGAAGAUUAUUUUUUCUUCUCUUCCCAAUAUUAUAUAUACUGGCUGUGCAAAAUGUGGAUUGGAACUAGAAAUAGAUGAGAACAAGAUCUACAAACAAUGUUUUAGCUGCUUGCCAUUUACCAUGAAGAAAAAAUACUAUAGGCCUCUCUCUGUUGUGGCCUCUCCCGUUGCAGAGCACAGGCUCCGGACGCGCAGGCUCAGCGGCCAUGGCUCACGGGCCUAGCCGCUCCGCGGCAUGUGGGAUCUUCCCGGACCAGGGCACGAACCCGUGUCCCCUGCAUCGGCAGGCGGACUCUCAACCACAGCGCCACCAGGGAAGCCCAGACAGUUUGUUUUUGAUGAGAAAGAAUCCAGUGGAAAAAAAUAACUUGAAAUUGUGAUUGUGAAAUACAUGAUUAUCAUCUUUAUUUUAUUUCUAGAUAUAAUUUACACAGCAGUGUAAAAUAAUGUCUUCUUACAUUAGUAUCUGAAAAUUUAAAAUGAAUAUGGAAUAAAUAAAAUUUAUUAAUUUAUCACUUGAAACUCUUUUUUUUAAAAAAAAGCCCUUCUUUUAUUCUGGGGUGUUUCAGGACAUCCUAGAGUUGUUUUAGGAAUUAAAAUUAACCCUGCAUAAAAACCCAGUGAUUUUUGAAAUUAUAUUGCAUUUAAACAUUUCUUUAGUUGAAAAUCUUUUUGAGGGUCCUGUGCUGUUUACUCUUUUGUAGGCCAGCUUUAAUGACCAUAGUUGAUGGAGUAUAUAAGGUUUGCGUCCAUGUAGGAUCAAAGCUGAUAGAGAAGAUUCUUCUCAACAUUUCU